ACUCUAUUUCACCAAAUGGUACCUGACACUGACACGUCUGACAUUCAUUCCAAUAUACAAAGCCCAAGUGGUUCAUUGGUUCAUGAGUUGAAUUUUAUUGUUUCAGUUAUUCAGUUUCUUGACAGCUAUCAUCUAAGCACGGUGUUGGUAGCUGCUAAAUGAUAAACGAUAAACCACUAAAUUUGAAUGAUUUUAUUUAUUAAUUCUAUAUAAACACGUACUUUAAACAAAUGUCUGUGCUUAGUGAAGACAUUGUUCGCAAUCUUGUAGCGAAUUCCAGUGUGCCAUUGGUGUUCCGGGGCUAUGUGCGAAAUUGGCAAAUAUGCCAAUGGGAUGUAGAAAAAUGGUGUUCAGUCUUUGGAGAAAAGGAGAUACCAUUCAGAUGCUUAAAAAAAGAUUUUUUAUCAGAUGAACCUUGUUGGGAAAGACGAUGCUCUGUUAAAAGGAUGUCGUUCAAAAAUUUCGUUGAUAUGUCUGCGUCAAGCGACGAGUGGAUGUAUUUCGAUUAUAAAUACCUUUAUCAGUGGUUUAAUGGAGACGAUGAGUUGUAUAAGGGUGUUUCAUGGCAACAGUUUGGGUAUUCUGAUAAAGGUGCUUCGGAUGCGACACUGUGGGUAGGCAGUAGUGGUGCACACACACCAGCACAUCAAGACACAUACGGAGUCAAUAUUGUCACUCAGUUGUAUGGAAAAAAACGCUGGAUUCUCUUCCCACCUGAAACUGGAGGUUUGAAGCCUACAAGAGUACCCUAUGAAGAGUCAAGUGUUUAUAGCGAGCUUAACUUUUACUGUCCAAAUAAUUUGGAGGUUUUUAAUGGUCUGACUGGAGCUCGCUCUGUGGAACUUUCAGCUGGUGAUGCUCUCCUGGUACCUAGAGGAUGGUGGCACUAUGUACAGAAUUUAGAUCCACUGAACAUAGCUCUUAAUAUGUGGCUGCCACAUGAAAAAGAUGGUUCAACAAGAGUAUCUGAAGCCCUCAUCAAAAUAUUUGUAGCCCAAAUAUGUAAGGAUCUUCCACAAGAAACUGCAAAGCUGAUUGUUAAUCCAAAUGAGGACGACAUAGCAGAUACGCCAUUAUCUGUGCUAUUUCUUCAAUUAGAGACAGUUGCAAAUGCGUAUCUUGACAAUCGACGCAAGCUUCGGCGCGCCAAGCGACAGAGGACAUGCGAAGACGAGCCGACGCCCGCUGCCAUCGAAGAAUACGACUUUAAAACUUUACUAGAGAAUAAAUCGAAUAACUUAGAAAUACCUUCGAGUAUAAAUAGCGAGGAAUUAAUAAAGAUAAUUAAACAGAAUCUCUUAGAGUACGCGAAUAGAGACAGGCCGUUGUGCGAUGACGAGAUAGAUGGGUCCACUACAGCUUUGUGCCUUACCAAAGCGGUAAUUGACGCGUACAGUCAAGCCAAUGUUAUCGAUCUCGUCAAACAGAAUUUAUUUGCUCGACUCAGCUAGAUACAGAGUGUUUCAGAGACUGUCUGACUGACUUUAGGUAUAUAUUAUAGAGAUAUGUCUAGUCUUAAGUAAAAGU